CUUCGCUGCUACAGUUAUUAUGGCAUCGAACACCGCAAACCUCAUGCUGGGCAUGGGCUCAGCUACGGACUGGAGAAUAGUAAUCAGUCACGCCUGGCCCCCGGUUGGUAUCCUGAUCGGGAUGGCAGGACAGUUCAUCAUUCUGCCGGCGUGCGGUGCCACCCUCGCCUGGGCCUUCAAGCUCACGCCCUACGAGGCCAUGGGGGUGCUCAUGGUGUCGUCCUGCCCUAGCGGAUCCUUCUCGAACUUCUUCACUUACUGGGUAGACGGAGACCUCGCGCUCAGUAUCGUUAUGACGACAUUCUCAUCUAUCCUGGCUUUGGGAGGGAUGCCAUUGAAUUUAUGGAUGUACUCGAAAAUAUGGCUAGAUGUCUACGACAGCUCCCCUAUAAUCAUACCGUACGCGACCAUCAUGAAAACUUUAGUCCUCAUUACUGCGCCGGUGGCAGUCGGUAUGGGGAUUAGACACUAUCGUCCGAGAAUAGCCUCAAUUGUUACAAAGAUUUCGAGCAUCAUUGGAUGGGUGGGGGUAAUAACUAACACAGUCAUCUGGGGCAUCCUGUACUGGUCGGUGUUCGCUGCCGCCACUCCUCUCCUCUACGCCUGCUCCUUCAUCCUUCCAUUCCUGGGCUUCUCGUUGGCUUACGUAUUUGCUCGCCUCGUGUGCAGAACGAAUAAAGUUUGCAGAACCAUUGGCAUAGAAACCGGAUCCCAAAACAUGGCGGUUGCUCUCAGCGUGAUUUUGAUGUCAUUCCAGGACCCAAAAGUGAAAUCGAGCAUGAUCGUUUUUCCUACGUUGUAUUCAACUACUAUGCUGAUAGAAAUGUUCACUGGCAUCGGACUGUUCCACACGUGGAGAAGAUGUCGACAGAAACCUGACGACGAAUAUCUGCCCGGGGCGCACACAGCUACUCUCGUGAAGUCCGCUUCCGGUAGACGAGAUCCGCGCAGCUUCACACAGAGCUCUUCAUUUUAAUAUAAAACUUCGACGUUGAUACUUUAAACUGUUAAGCGCACUUAACAGUACGCUUAGAUAGCAACCUUCUCUCGGGAUAAGGGAUCUCUGCUCGCCGCUGUGGAAACAACAGCGAAUACUCUUUUUCGAAGAAAACCUAGGCUCAGUACAAAUUUUUGAGAGAUUCCAAUGCAUAAGCAGCCAUAGAUAGAGGCUCCGUUGCUUGUAAUGCGUGAUAAGCCACUGAUGUAACCGCUUGCACAGAACUAUGUAAUAGGUAAGAACUGAGCUCAUGUAAAAUAACCUAUGAAUGCCUAAAAAUUAACUCAUUAAGUAUAGGUUUCUCAUAUUUAUAUAUUUGCUAUGCAUAUUAGUGUUCAUUUCUUGUUUGUUUUCUAAUUUGGUCUUCCUGUGCUUCAAAAGGGUUGACGUAUGCAGGAAAAGGGUUGAGGGGUUGACGACGUACGCGUAUUUACUCAUUAUUAUUUUUAUUACAUCACAUACCCUCAGAAUGGAAUAUAUACCGAAUAUUUAGCAGGUUUGUGAUUGGUUACGAAAACUUACCAAAAUCAGACCGAAUUGAAAAUGUCUUAAUCUCUAAAAAAUAUCCUAAAUGAAA